AUGGAGCAGAACCAUCUGAUUGAGACAGCGUCGGUGCAGACGGGGAGUAUGCUUAUUUGGGAUACGGGUGCCUACGAGGUUCUGCCGUAUCAGUCCUCGAAUGUGGAGGCUGAUUUGGAAACGACGGACGAAGAUGAGGAUGAUAGUGAAGAAGAACGUUCCAUGCAUGGAACGCCAGAAUACUCGAGCUUGAGAACAGAGCAGGAGAAGCUGGCUCAGGCUUUCGAUAAUCGCAAGAUCCGCCUUCGCCUUCACGGAGCUCGGCUCCCCAAGGACUAUACCAUCAGCCUCCGCCUCUCAUCGCAAGAAGAUCGCUCGCAGCAGCCUAAAGCUCCCUCGAGAAAGCGCAAGCGCGGUCAGAGUAAUCUCAAGAAGACGACCUCUCAGACCAAGGCUCAAGCAAUUCAUCCGAGAAACGACGAGUCAUCGUCAGAUGCCGAAACAACAGCGUCCGAUUACCCGGACGAAGGAUCGAGAGAUGGCGCAAACGGAAAGCCAAAUGUUGAGGGAGACGAGGAAAGUCGUAUUACAAACACGUACCCUGGCGCCUCUAACACAAUCAACUCUAUCUACCAGAGGCGGUGGUAUCUUAAUUUUGACCGGCGAUCGUCAGGCUUUAUCCCUCAGAUGAAAUGGGAAGGCGAACGGAAACGUAUUUGGGCGAGGAAGAGGCGCAAAGAUGGCGCGCUGGAUGGCUUUGAGCCCUUUCGGGUCAUGGGCGCGGAAAUUGAGAGAAGUAUUGUCACUGGAAGGACUGCGAAACAGGUAUUGGUUGACGAGGGUGUAAGCGGGUACGAGAGUCGGAGGGGUUGGAGGGCAGUAGUAGAGUGA